GGCCGGCCGGGAUCGCGGCCGAACCGAAAACCGAACCGAACGGGCGCCGACAUCGCACCCACAUCCCGAGCGAAGCAGAGCCGCCCUGGCUGAGCCGAGAGACGGAGCUGUCAGAGCUGCCAGAGCCCGGGUCAUUUUGCACGGCCAGAGGGAUUCCCGGGAAGCCCAUCUUCAUAUCCCCGGGCAGAAUCCACUGCUGUGGGCAGGGCUGAGGGCAGAGCUGCGGACAGCGUCCUUCAGCUUCCCUCCAGCCAUGGGAGAGGCCUUGCAGGGACACCCAGGUGCCCUCCUGCUGCUCAGGAGCUGCUGCCACGCCCGGGGAGCUGCCAGUGGCCAUGCUCAAUGCAAGAUGACCCUCACCACCACCACCACCAGCGUGGCCCAGGCUUUCUUCUGCCUCCUGCUCUGCAUCCCCUGGGGCAGCUCCUGCCCCCCCAGCUGCCAGUGCACGGAGCGGGCCGGGGCCAAGGCUGUCCUCUGCAGCUCCCAGCACCUGCAGGAGAUCCCCAAGGACAUCCCCAGAGACGUGGUGCUCCUCAAGCUGGAUGCCAACAGCAUCACCAGGAUCCCCAGCAACGCCUUCAGGCACCUCUCCCACCUGGAGGAAAUCGACCUGUCCGGGAACGCCAUCGAGAAGAUCGACAGGGCGGCUUUCAGAGGGGUGGCGGCGGGGCUGCGGAGCCUCGACCUCUCCGGCAACCGCAUCCGCAGCAUUCCCAAGGAGGCGCUGCUCGCUCUCGGCGCCAAGCUCCGCCUGGCCAACAACCCCUGGCACUGCGAGUGCGCCCUGCAGGAGGUGCUCUGGGAGGCGCGGCUGGACCCCGACUCCGUGCGGGACAUCACCUGCCACACGGCCCCGCGGCAGGAGUACGUGGGCAAGCCGCUGCUCCAGGUGCUGCACGCCGGCGCCAACUUCUGCAGCGUGCGCCAGAGGAGCACGGACGUGGCCGUGCUGGUCACCAUGUUCGGCUGGUUCGCCAUGCUCGUUAUCUAUGUCAUCUGCUACGUGCGCCACAACCGGGAGCGCUCCUGCGGCCACCGGGAGAACCCGCCGGCACUGUCGGGCGCCCGGGGCCGUGCAGAGACCUCCAGCACCGCCCUGUAGUGAGGGAUGGCUGCCAGCUUCCAGCAUCUUCACAGGAAACCCAUGGCAGAGACCUCCAGCACCACCCUGUAGUGAGGGAUGGCUGCCAGCUUCCAGCAUCUUCACAGGAAACCCAUGGUAGAGAGCACCAGCACCUCCCCAAAGGGCAGGGCUGGGUGCCAGCUUCAGGUUUAUCCACAGGGAAUCCAUGGCAGAGACCUCCAGCACCACCCUGUAGUAAGGGCUGGGUGCCAGCUUCCAGCAUCCUCUCGGUUUGGAAAGACAGGUGUCUGCUAAGGAAGGCAGGAGCCUCCCCUGAAAUGAAGAAUGUAAACCCUCCCCACCCCUCUGAAUUGCUAUGAAUUUGAAAUUAAGGGGGUCUCAGGCAAAAAAAAUAUGGGAGCAGGAAAUAAUAGUUCUUUAAUAGGGAAGAGAAAUAAAAGGAUAAAAAAACCAAUGCAGUAAACUAGAA